CUGCUGCUGCAGUACAAUUUUUAAGCCCACCACAAAGAGUGAGCAGACCCUCCAAUCAGGACUCUUCAAUAUAACCCAUCUGAAAAAGCCUGGACACAUCUCCUACUUAGAAAUGAUUUCUUGGGGAUCGUGUCAGCCAUAUAGAAAUUUCAAUCAUCCCAUAAUUCCCUUUUCUUUUUCUGGUUUUAUCAGAUGGGAUUGGAUGUUUUUUUGGUCGUGUACUAUUCUAUGAUUUUAUUACAAGGUUAGGAAGCAGGCUGUGUGGAGAGUGAGUACACUACUGUGACUGUGCCUGGGAUCUUUUUUUUGUUUUUUUUUUUUAAUAUUUAUUUUUCAAUCUUAAAAAGAAUUAAAGAAUAUUUUUUGCAUAUUAUUAACAGAUUAAUAAAGCAAGAAGAGGUCAUGUGGCGGCUUGUAGUUUGUGCAGCAGGCAAAGGACUAUAAUUACUUUCUGCUGGCUCCUGGGUUCUGUGUCAUUAGUACUUUGUGAAGCAGGGGAAUUCAGCUUUUUUUUUUUUAUUGAAAGAAACAAAAAAAGGAAAAAUUUAUUAAGUUAUUUUAAUCAUGACCCAAAUAAUGUUUUACUAGGAUAUUUAUUUUCUUGAUUAUGGUCAUUUCUAAUUGGUGGGUGUGAAAUGAUUGAGGGUGUAAUAUGGUUUUCUUACUAGGAAGUCUAUUUUGUAUGUUUAUAUAAACUUGCUGCAUUGACCCACUUGUGGCCUAGAGAUAGAGAGAGAUAACAAAGAAAAAAGGAAAAAGAGAGAGAGAGAGGGAGAGAGAGAGAAAGACGAAUAUCAAAUGAUGAUCAUGGCUAGAGGGUCAUCAUCACCUCUAUCUGAUCUUUUCUAAUUUCUUCUAUUUGUGAGAAGAUAUAUUUGAUCUUUUCUUUCUAGGUUUGGUUUUCCAUUUCAUGGCAUACCAUGUUUGCUUAUUAAGAGGAGCCUAAAGAAAAAAGAGAACUCUAUUGCUUAGCUAUAUACCUCACUUUUGGCUUCUCCAUUUCAUUUCCUUCUUCUUCUUCUUCUUCUUCUUCACUGUCAUAAUCAAUUCUGCUGCUAUGAUUCUUUAGCCAAAAAAAAAAAAAGAAAAAUAAGUCCACUUCCUUGCAAACUGUUGCAGAAUCAACAUCAUCAUCGCCUUACUCAAGACUCAAGAAAGACUAAAUGAUAUAAUAAACCAAAAAAAAAAGAUAGUUUAAUUCAUGGCUAGAGAAGUGUGUGAAGAUAAAUCAAGAAACAUGGCAUCAUCCUCUGCAGCAGCUGGAUUUUGUUACUCGGAUGUUUCAUCUGCUAGUAACCCAACGAUCCAAACCCAUCUUGGAAAUCAGAUCCAAGGCUUUGAAUCGAAUCAAGAGAUCUUUAACUUGACUACAGGGAUGGAGAUGAUAGGGUUUUCGAGAAAUCUACAGCAACAGCAGCAGCAACAAAGUCAUGACAGUAACACAACUGCUGCUGCUAUGUGGAAAGGUUUUCUUAACAAGGCAGGAAACAACAACAAUUCCUGUGCUGGUCCUUCUUCUUCCAAGACGAUCAAUGAAUCAACAAGUGAUUUUUAUCAACAUGAGUUCAAUAAACAGGAAUUCACAACUGGGAUUUCUGAAACAAGUAGUGAAAAUCUAAUAGUUGGACCAACUGAUUCAUCAUCCCCUGGUUGGCAAGUACAUAGAUUGCUUGUUGAUGACUCUAAUUUGCGAUGCGUGUUUCCUUGUGAAGGAAACGAAAGACCAAGUCAAGGCCUUUCACUCUCUCUUUCUUCAGCUAAUCCUUCUAGUAUUGGACUACAGUCUUUUGAACUGAGACACACAAGUAAUCAUCAUGAUCAUAAUCAACAACAAGAACAAGAAAUGAGGUUUUUGAAUUCAAGUUCUAGAGAUGGGUUCUUUGGAAAAUCUCCUGCUAAUACUCAACAUCAACAACAGAUGAUGCAAGACGGGUUCAUGACAAAAGCUGCAACUUUGCAUCAUCAAGGGCAGUUCCAACUUAGGAACUCAAAGUACUUGGGUCCUGCACAAGAACUUUUGAAUGAGUUCUGUAGUCUUGGAACAAAGCAAAGUGAUCAACUAAGGCAAAAGUCCAGUAAGCCAAAACAGUGGGAAAAUGAGAAUGGAAGUAGUAGUAGUAGUGCUUCAAGAAAACAAUCUCUUUGCUCACUUGAAUUCAUGGAAUUACAGAAGAGAAAAACAAAGCUACUUUCUAUGCUUGAAGAGGUGGAGAGAAGAUACAGGCACUACUGUGAUCAAAUGAAAGCUGUAGUCUCGUCCUUUGAAGCUGUGGCUGGUGCUGGUGCUGCUAUGGUUUAUUCAGCUUUAGCAUCAAAGGCUAUGUCAAGACAUUUCAGGUGUUUAAGAGAUGGAAUUGUAGCUCAAAUUCACGCUACCAAGAAAGCUAUGGGAGAGAAAGAUCCGGUUGCACCGGGCACUACAAAAGGUGAAACUCCAAGGUUAAGGAUUCUUGAUCAAACUCUUAGGCAACAAAGAGCUAUUCAACAAAUGACCAUGAUGGAAAGUCACCCAUGGAGACCUCAAAGAGGCUUACCAGAAAGAUCUGUUUCUGUCCUUCGAGCUUGGCUCUUUGAGCAUUUUCUACACCCGUACCCGAGCGAUGUUGAUAAACAUAUCUUAGCCCGCCAAACAGGUCUCUCAAGAAGCCAGGUAUCCAAUUGGUUCAUUAAUGCAAGAGUUAGGCUUUGGAAACCUAUGGUGGAGGAAAUGUAUUUGGAAGAAACAAAGGAGCAAGACAAUAACAUGGCUUCUCCAGAUGGCAUAACUGAUCUUGAAGACAAUAAUGGCCGGCCGAGUCAGAAUCUUUCCUCGACAGAUCAAAAACCAACACCAGAUCAACUUAUUCGUGUCGAUUCUGAAUGCCUUUCUUCCAUUAUCUCUAACCCUGAUAAAAAUGACAUUUCGAAAACCACUAAAACAUUUCAAAACCAUCAUCAUUUGCAUACCCAACAGCAGCAGCAGCAGCAUAACUUUGGAGCUUUUGGUGCAGUGGAAUUAGAUAUAUCAUCGUAUAAUCACCAUGCGGCGGGUGGCGUUUCUUAUGCUAAUGAUCAUGGUGGCAAUCAUCAGAACUUCAAUGGCGGUGGUGUGUCAUUGACAUUAGGGUUACAGCAGCAUGGAGGAAGUGGUGGUGUAAGCUUAGCAUUCUCUCCUGCCUCUCAAAGCUCUCUUUUCUACUCUAGAGACCAUAUUGACGAUUGCCAACCAGUUCAGUAUUCGCUUCUUGAUGGAGAAGGACAGAAUUUGCCUUACAGGAAUCUGAUGGGAGCUCAGUUGCUGCAUGACUUGGCUGGAUGAAAUGUUGUUUUAGGUCUUGCCAAAGGAUAUGGUGAUGGUUGAUAAAUAUAUAGUUUAGGCAUAUAUAUAUACUCCAUACUCCAUACUCCAUACAUAUAAUAUAAUAUAAUAUAUAAAUAUUUAUACAUAAAGCUGUAGAAAGUUGGUUAAAAAAUGUGGUGUGGAACAUUAGUUCCAUAGCCAGAAUAGUUUUGCAAUUUCUUUUUUGUUCGGCCAUUGGAAAGAAACAUCUCUAUUUUACUGUUAGGCCAAUUGGGAAUUGCCAGUUGAUUGAUGCAAGGUUAUACAGAUAUAUUUUACUUUCUUCUUAAA